CGCUGAAACUUGCUGGUUCAUCUGUUCCAUCGAUCGAAGCUACCUCGUCUUCUUCCUGAUUUAAAAUUGCUACUCUUAAUUAAAAUUCAAAUUCACUCUGUAUUGGAGUCUCUCAGCCAUGUCUCUGAACAUGAAAACCCUAACACAAGCUUUGGCGAAGACCGCAGCUGUGAUCGAGAAGACGGUUCAGACUACUGUACAGGAGGUCACAGGUCCAAAGCCCCUUCAAGACUAUGAUCUCCUAGAACAAAUUGGAUCUGGAGGACCUGGCCUCGUAUGGAAGCUCUACUCUGCAAAAUCCCGUGGAUCCACUCCUGCGCAGUACCCGAUCGUCUGUGUUUGGGUCCUGGACAAGCGUGCACUCUCCGAGGCUCGGGUACGAGCAGGUCUCUCGAAGGCAGCUGAAGACGCUUUUUUCGAUAUGAUUCGUGCGGAUGCUGCUCGAUUGGUUCGGCUUCGACACCCUGGAGUUGUUCACGUGGUUCAGGGUUUGGAUGAGAGCAAGAACGCAAUGGCGAUGGUCACUGAGCCGCUCUUUGCUUCUGUUGCUAAUACUAUUGGUGCUGUUGAUAAUAUUGCCAAGGUGCCCAAGGAGCUUAAAGGCAUGGAAAUGGGAUUGUUGGAGGUGAAACAUGGUUUGCUCCAGGUUGCUGAAUCCCUGGAUUUUCUCCAUAACAAUGCCCGUCUCAUUCAUCGGGCUAUAUCACCUGAGACUGUGUUUAUUACGUCUAGUGGAGCUUGGAAACUUGGUGGAUUUGCCUUUGCCAUCUCUACAGAACGGACAUCAAAUGACUUGACUAAUAUACAGCCUUUCCAUUAUGCAGAGUAUGAUGUUGAGGAUUCUGUACUGCCUAUUCAACCAUCUCUAAAUUACACUGCUCCUGAAUUGGUUCGGAAUAAGCAAUCAACAGUUGGAUGUUCUUCUGACUUGUUCAGUUUUGGAUGCCUUGUGUACCACUUGGUUGCUCGCAAGCCUUUUUUGGACUGCCACAACAAUGUCAAAAUGUACAUGAAUAGUUUGAAUUAUUUGUCAAAUGAGGUUUUUUCAAGCAUCCCACAAGAUUUAGUUACUGACUUGCGAAAUAUGCUCUCUGUAAAUGAGGCUUCAAGACCAACUGCCUUGGAUUUUACUGGUUCUCCAUUUUUUCGGGAUGAUACUAGGUUGCGUGCUCUUCGGUUCUUAGACCACAUGCUUGAAAGGGAUAAUAUGCAGAAGUCUGAGUUUUUAAAGGCAUUAUCCGAUAUGUGGAAAGAUUUUGAUUCCCGUGUAUUGCGUUAUAAGGUACUUCCACCUUUAUGUGCAGAACUUCGGAAUAUGGUUAUGCAACCAAUGAUAUUGCCCAUGGUUCUCACUAUAGCAGAGUCCCAGGAUAAAAAUGAUUUUGAGCUAUCAACACUUCCGGCUUUAGUUCCUGUUCUGAGUAUGGCAGCUGGUGAGACACUAUUGCUUCUUGUUAAACACGCAGAGCUGAUUAUUAACAAGACCGCUCAAGAGCACUUAGUUUCACAUGUUCUUCCCUUGCUUGUUCGAGCUUAUGAUGAUAAUGAUGCUCGCAUACAAGAAGAAGUUUUGAGAAGAACAGUUUCCCUGGCAAAGCAACUGGAUGUUCAGGUAGUGAAACAAGCGAUUUUACCUCGAGUUCAUGGCUUGGCACUGAAAACUACAGUUGCUGCGGUCAGAGUGAAUGCUUUGCUUUGCCUUAGUGAUUUGGUUAACACACUCGAUAAACAUGCUGUUCUGGAUAUCUUGCAAACCGUCCAACGUUGUACAUCUGUUGACCGUUCUGCUCCCACGCUUAUGUGUACCCUUGGGGUCGCAAACUCAAUUCUCAAGCAGUAUGGCAUUGAAUUUACUGCAGAACAUGUCCUUCCGCUACUUGUACCACUUCUUAUAGCCCAACAAUUGAAUGUUCAGCAGUUCGCAAAGUACAUUCUCUUUGUUAAAGAUAUACUAAGGAAAAUAGAAGAGAAACGAGGUGUGUCAGUUAGUGAUUCUGGAACUCCAGAAGUAAGGGUAACCCCUGUUACCAAUGGCUUUCAGGCUGAAUCAUUGGGAAAACCAACUGCGGUUGUCUCUUCAGCAAAGAGCAGCCUAGUAUGGGAUGAAGAUUGGGUUCUUGUGAAGAAGGGACCUGCAGCCACUGUGCACCCUUCUAAGUCCAACCUAUCAUCAACAUUGACAGUGCCAGUUACACACCCAAGUUCGAUUACUGCCAUGGAGCCACAGUCCAUGAUGUCUUCAAAUACUGGUCAGCAAACAACUUCAUGUCCUCCAGUUGACAUAGAAUGGCCUCCUCGGACUUCUUCUGCUGUUGCUCCUCAAUUAAGUGAUGAUGAGAAAAAGAAGCAGAAUCUAGGAACAUCUGAUGCUGGUAUUGAUGAUAUAGAUCCUUUUGCUGAUUGGCCCCCGAGGCCUAGUAACUCAGUAGCUAGUGUGGGGUCUGCUGCUACAAAUAGUAUACUAGGGCUAUCCUCGCAUCACCAGGGGUCUGCAUUGAACACAACCCAGAGUAACUUCAGCCCCAGCAGUAAUCCCAUUGGACUGUCAAAACAUAUUCAAGGUAGUUCGGUGAUAAAUUCCAGCAACCAGAGCAGUGGUGUUUUCAAUAUGAACAGUUCUAUAGGCCUCCCUAGACAGAAUCAGGGUGGAUCUAUUUCAAAUACCAACAAUCUGUACAGUGGGGGAUUCAACCCCCAAAAUUCUAUUGGCUUCAUGAAAUCGAGUCAAGCAAACUCAAGUUUGGGCAUGGCAAACUCCAGUACUUACACAACAGGUGCAUUUACUGAAAAGAAAGCUACUGAUCUUGGAUCCAUAUUUGCCUCUGCCAAGAGUGAACAGACCAUGCCAAGACUUGCCCCACCUCCACAAACUGCUGUGGGAAGGGGAAGAGGGAGGGGGGGCAUGGGACACUCGCGGUCUAAUCAAGCCAAAUCUACUUCUGAGCAGCCAAACCUUCUAGAUUUGCUAUAAAUGGGAUGAUCUUACCUGUAUGGUCAGGAGAACUUGGUGAAUCAGUGUUUGUAAUUAGCCAUUCAAUUUUGCCAGAGUAUUAUUGGUUACAUUCAAGUGCGUUGGAUGGAGAAGAUUCAUUUGAGAGUUUCAGAAUGCUCCACUGCUCUCGGGAACGGGUAAGAUUCAUUUGUGGGCUUGUUU